AUGUACAAAAUUCUAGAAGAUGGUUUGGGCGACAACAAAUUUUCGGUCACUAUUCUUGCGCACCCCCGUAACGGUCUACCGCCUCAUCGUGGCGCAGGGGUGACUCUUGGUGUCAAACUGCGAAGUACAGCGGAGGUUUAUCCAUCAACACGGUCUUGCAAGCUGAAGAGUUCGGCGUUUCCGGCUCCAUGCCCAGCUAAGAGUAGGCCAGGCCAAAAGCCUCACCAUCUGGCUGAUUACGCUAGAUAUAUGCCUGUGGUGAAAGCUUGGCAGGCCCAGGCAAAGCUGCUAACUUUGGGUAUUUAUUUUAUUGCUUGUAUAGCAUGUAAUAAGAAAAGAAGCCCUGCACGCUGGAUCACGUCUACGGCGUCGAAUGUCAUCAAGACCAGUGUCAGGUUGCAUAGGACGCCAUGGAUUUCGGACCAAAGGACACGUCAACGACUUGACUUGCUCUGCACCUACAACGCCAGGACAGUCUCCACUAAUGCCGAUCUUCAUGCCCUUCUCGAAGCUGAGGGGCACAUCAACUACCACCUAUUCGCCCUGCAGGAAACGAAGUUAAGGAGGACGGACGUGAGACAGCUGAAUGAUGGCACACCACUAUUCGUGGUGAGAUGUUCUAUCACGGAACGUUGGAGGCUUGCAUUUGUCGUACACCCAUCUGUUUCCAUUUUUUCGAUUCGCACGAGAUCUGUUUCCAUUUUGUCGAUUCGCACGAGAUCCUAUCACCUCGUCUGGCUGUCCUUCGACUCCGUCCUCUACAUCAGAAACCAUCUUCAUCAACUGCUAUUCUCCAGCAUCAGCAGCUGA